AUGACCCAACAUUCAUGUGGCUGUGACCUGGACCGCACCGGGGAAUCUGUUUAUCUUGGACCAGAUGAAGGUCCGGAGCAUCAGAAUGAUGUUCAGCUUGCAUAUAAAAGUUCAUUCCAAGAACGGAAAGCAGACUUCCAUAUUCGAAGCGAACAUAAUCGCGCGUAUUAUGUCUCGGUGCACAAAUCUGAUGUAGCUCGCGAAUCACAGCUUCUUGCGCCCCUUGUCAUGCCGCGCCAGGGAGAACGAUCGGUGAGCACUGUCACCCUCCAGAAACCGGUACUAAUGGAACACUUGAUCAUGUUUGGCCAAUUUCUAUCCACGGGAGACUAUGCCAUCAAGGAAUCUGAUGUGCUUGGGUUUACCGUUGACACGAGGAAAAGCCCUAACGUCUGUUACAACUGUAUGUGUAGCCUUCGCCUGCUUGGCCUCCAUCUCAGCAUCUUCCAUGCCGCGCGAUACCUGGGCAUGGAUACACUUCAGCUACUGGUAAUGCAAAAGUUUUGUGCCAUUUCCGACCACGUGACAUCUACUGUGCUUCGAUAUAUCACACAGGAAGUGUAUACGAUCGAGCUUUCCAGUCAACUGUCGUUAUAUCCGGGUAUGUAUUCCUUGGCUGGAUGGCCUGAUUAUCGUCCUCUUCUGGUGCUACCGGCGAUCAUGAACUACAUCAGAAGACAUAAGCCGGCAAUUGAAUUACACUAUGAUAUUAUGGUGGUCGACGAUGAUGCCCCUUGGCCACAUAUUGAGAAGUUCAGGGCAGCAUAUGAGGAGACCGAUCAAUUCAUGUCAAUUCGGUACCGGAUCCCGGAAUUCGAUGGGCAUAUGUCCUGGGCGGAAAUGGUACUUUCCGAACAAUUGGUGCAAGAUGAGCCCCCGCAGCAAAACCGGUUCGAGCCGAUAGGGGACUUACUGGACUUCUUUGAGAAGUCUUCUUUUCACCAGCCUGGACCCACCGAUCUAGAGGUACAAAUUUCUCUUGGUGAACUUGGCCCUUCAUUGCCUCGAUUGGCAAUGCAGGAGCAGACUUAUAGCGAGAGUAUUGAUGGUCCGGAGCUGUUCAAGUGCUUCGAUGACUUCUGUCAAGCAUUUCCAGAGUAUCACAGUCUCUGA